AUGCCACCAUUCCCUGCCCCACCUAGUUUUAAAUCAACAAUCAUCCAAAUAAAACCAAAUAGUAAAAUCCCACAAAUAUCGUCUUCCAAACAAACUGGAACGCCAAGACCACAGAGAAAAGCCGCCUCCAAGAGAAAGUUCACAGAUGAUGAAGAAGAUGAUAAUAAGGACAUAAAUGAUGAUACUAAUGCACAUUCAAAGCUCACUAAUGGAUCAAAAUCCACAGCCCUGAAUAGCCUGGCCAACAAAAAGAAAAAGGAUACUAAAGUCUCUCAUUCAAUGAUCGAGAAAAAAAGAAGAGUCAAAUUGAAUCGUGAAUUCGAAGUUUUGAAAAUUCUUGUCCCUGCCUGUCGAAACUCUAUCCUUAAUUCAAACAACAAUUCAAAUCAAAUCAAUGAUGGGAUGUAUAAGUUAGCGAUUCUUCAAGCAAGUGUGGAAUACAUCAACUAUUUGCACGAAAUCAUUAGAUUAAUGUAUCAAAAAAACCAACUUCAAAGCCAGGGAAAUAGCCAUAAUAAAAAUAUCAAAAACACUGAUAACAUGAACUUUGCAAAACUAAGCUUAUGCUUAGAAAACUAUAGAAAUCUAGAUUAUGAUUUCAAUUUCAGUGAAAUCAUGAGAAUUUUCAAGUACAUGAAUAGUUAUGGAAGACUAUCGAUAACCAAAAGACUGAAGUCAAGCGAUCUGUCAAACACAAUUUCUAAUUCUAUCAAUCUCGGAAGUGACAAUUAUCAAUUGAUUAGUGACGAAGGAUUUCAUAAAUACCUUAUUUCAAAAGGUAUCAAACAACUGGAAAUAGAUAAUUUCAAGUUGUUCUUCAGCAUUGUCGACUUGCAAGAAGAAAAUCAGCCUUCCACAACUAAUAAUGGCACUCCUCCAAGAUUUAAUGACCAUAUUUUCAAUGGCAAUGAAAACCCUCCUAUCUCCAACCAUUCAUAUCAACAAUCAAGUUUUUCCAAUAUAAAUUUUUACUCGAAAAGUUCGUCUAAUAAAAUAGAUUCCUUGACUUGGAAACGUUGCUCUCCUCAAGUUUCCCCGGCUACAGCCAAUUAUUUGAAUUUGCCUCUACAAGAAAACUCAGCCAAUUCGUAUAAUGUCAAUAAAGAAUUCCAACUCCCUGGUCCCAUUAUGGAUUUACCAACAAAUAAUUCUACCAACAUCCCAAACACUAACAAAUCCUCAUUAGCCUAUAUCCAGCGCCAGCAAAUGAGUCGAAAACACUCUUCCAGCUUUUCGUCGCCAAUUUUUUCUGAUUCAUCAAAUAAUCCCCAAUCUACCACAUCUGAAAAUCCUUCUUCCCAUUCUUCGGCCGGUGGUAAUACUAGCCUGACCCCAAAUUUUUCGUUACCUUCUCCUUUCAAGAUGCAAGGAUUUGAAGUAAACAAUUCAUUGUCAAUAGCAACCCAGAAUUCUGCCACCGCCCCCAACAACAUUCUGUACAGUGUUAGCAAUGGUGAUCUUUUCUCCCUUUCCCCAAACUCUUUCUCCUCCUUGUUGAAGACUCCUAAAUUUGAAAACAUUAACAAGCAUCUGAUGUCCAUGGCUGCCACAGGUACCACUAAUGGUAUUGAUAAUGAGCCAUUGAAUAAAACCAAAGAGGCAGGCGAGGCAUUGUUGUACAUGAAAAGAAAUAGUAUUGAUAGAAAUAAAUCAGCGGUAGGAGGAUCUGUUAGCAGUUCUACUUCUAAUGAUAUUGGCUUAGGGGUGCUGUCCUAUGGCAUGGGCAAACGCAGCAGCGGUGGUGAUGAUGAUAAGAUGCGGGUUUCGAAAAUCAGCAAUAUUCUUAAUUGA